UGUCUAUGCUAUGACGCUAACAUGCACAGGCAGACGUUCCUCCUUCUCGGCUUCGUACUCGCGUCCGCUCUAUGAAGGCAUGGCUGAUAUCUCUCCACUAAUGUUCUACGCAAUCCGCUAAGGAAGUUGCGUGCUAUAGAUAUUGAAUAUGUAUAACAGUCGCUUGUUGGGGGCGAGUUCUUGAAUAGUUGAACAGGGACGGAAGAAGCGAAAAGACGCGAAAUAAUCAGAGAACGUGCGCGGGCCACACGCAUGUCCGGGAAGGGGACAUUCGGAUAGUACUGGCAAGGAUGAUUUUCAGUACACGGUCCUCCUACUUACAUCGCCAUUGCUCACACUGUUCUUGAACACUUUGUCAAAGGCUACUCCUUUGACCGCAAUUUAUUCUACGUCUCAGUUUUCAACCCGUUAACGUUACUUAAAGCUAUACGCAAUGUGAUGAAGCAUGUCCUGGAAAAAGCAUUUCCUUCGGGUUACCCAUUCGUUGAGCUACACUGCUUUGCCCCUAGUCAGACUAUACUUCUUUGAGGAAAGCUUUAUAUCACUUAGAGAGGCCCAUUACCUCGCAAUUGAAAGAACGAUCACCGGUAGAUGUUCCUGUAAGUACACCGCUGUGGAGUUGUUGUUAUCACUUGUGCACACAGCUGUAUUCCGCUCAAACAGAACUGGCCACAGUGAUCUACAUUGAAGAAACCAUUAGAAAUUGCUGUCUGUUCAGCAAAGAACGAUAAUAAAUGGAACCGAGAGGCCCAGUAUUUAUUAUCCAGCAGUUUCAACAACGAUUUACUUAGGUAAGAUCACUCAAUCUGAGAAGAGUUAGCAGAAAACAGUUGUUUGUAAACAAUAGUUCCAGAAAAAGAAUUAUAGGUAUUCUCGCAGUUUAAAUUCUUGCGAUUUGCAUAAGGCUGCGGGUUUUGUUAAAAAGGUGCAGAACAAAAAUUAAUUUGUACAUAUACAAGGUUCUGCAACAGCUUUCAUAUUGCUGUUCACAAAAGUGAGUGUCAUAUACAGUAGCAUUAGGUUUCCGUGACAUGGGUUUCCUUUCCGCACCUUACAUAAACGUGUCGAAGACGCUUGGGCGGUGUUCCUUCUCGAAGAGCUCCGUCACCACGCACCAGUGAUCGUGACAACACUUCACUGACCCCGCACGCGGAGCGCUGCCUAUGUUUCGCCAGGCCGAACAGUCCGCAGACUUGCCGUGACAUGCGUGCGCCAUGGUGAUUGCACACGUGGGCGGCACCGCGCAAUUUUUGGCCCGAUAUGUGGCAGCCUUCCAUUAGCGCGAAAUACAUGAGCCGAGAAAGGUCAAGUAUCAUCGUGCUUUCCGGGCCAGUAGGCGGAAGUCCAUGAACAAGUCCUUGCCGUUUUUUUUUUCUCUUCUGCUAUUUGUCUCGCAUACGCCGAUGGCAUCGCGACGUUGAUGCAUGCAAGGUUUGGUGACUGUGCAGGUAGUUCGCCGCGUAAGGGCCUCUCGAUAAAGUUAGUAUUCUCUCUAAAUGAACGCUCUCCAUUGAAUGGAACAUUCACUUAAAUGACAUUCGCUUCAAAACCUCAUGCACCUUCCAAGCAACACGUGAACGGUUGCUACUAUGCGGAGCGGGGCUUCUGAUUGGUUGCUGCUUGUAAGAAUUGAUCUGUACAAUGGCAAGGCGGUGCUGUCUACAUGUUUCUUUAUCUCCACGUAGAUGUGAUACUUUCACAUAGCCGCAGAAUGAAGUGUUUUCUUCAGCAUGUAUGGCAUCCGGCAGGCUUUUUGCGAACUAGGUUCUUGCAGUAGGCAGCUUGGGUCAUUGUGUUGCGCACUUGCACUAACAGUCUCUCUUUUUUUUUACGCCGCCGAAGGUUAGUUACGCCACAGAAGCUCGAUCUGUUCGUGCAGAGGACAUUUAGCUUGUGUCCUACACAACGCUUGGAAUUUUCGUUCAAGAAGCGGUCCCGCGGGAGCACUAGGCAGUCUUGUUGUCUCACAAAAUAUUAGCCGUGCGGAUAAGCCCGCGACGCGCCUCGCCUCCCUUUGUUUAUACACGGGUCUCGACUCAAGUACUAAGACUUGGCGCCACUUCGUUUUGGCAAAAGAAGCGGCCAGCGGCUAAUCACACUCGGACUGAGUGACGAAAGAGAAAAUAGACGGAGGCCUACGACGAGGAAAGCGAACAAAUCUCGACGUAGAUGACCGACCAGAGGCGACGACCGUGUCGCAAGACGCGUCGCCCAACUCUACGUGCAGGCGGCCAAUAGUGCGUGCGUGGGCUUCUUGCGCGCGAGAAGCGUUCGUCGCACCCGCGUCGCCGGGCGUCUCCACGUGCUCGCUGCUGUCGUCGGUGGUGGGAUGCUUGGCUCACGUGGCCCCUCGGCCGGCCAGACUCCAUGGUGGUGACGACGAGGCGUCUGCGGUGCGGCGCCCUGCUCUCGUGUUGUCUUCUUCUCCUUGUGCGCGCGGGUGAGCCGUCGGUCAGCUACUACGACGUCCACACUGUCGACGCUGGCUUCGGCGGUUUGAACGAGACGGGACCUUGGGACGUCUUCUUGAACGACACCACUCUCGUGCUCAACUUGGACCCGGUGAACGCCAGCGACGCUGACGGUGAGCUGCUCUCUUCGUCGUCGCCCUCCGUGGACCAACACUACGACCUGUUGCCGUUACGGAAUGAUUCGGCGCCGCUGCUGGAGUAUCGGGAACCGUUCCCGCCACCUUCGUCAUCCGUGGAGGUGGCCCGUGACGCGCGCAAGACGGUGUACCUGCUCGGCCUGUUCGAACUCACGGGUAGCUGCGAGGCCGCGAAAGGCGGUCGUGCCGAGAGGGCCGCGGCGCGGCUGGCCAUCCGACACGUCAACGAGCGCAACGUGGUUCCCGGGCACAUGCUCGAGAUGUACGACAACGACACGAGGUGUGACGCCGGAGCGGCUAUCAAUGCUUUCUUCCACGCCAUCUACCGGAAGCAGCAGAUGACCAUGCUACUAGGCACCUCUUCUUCCGAGGUCACCGAGCGCCUCGCCAAAGUGGUCAGCUACUGGGGCGUGCUGCAGAUCUCGUUCGGCAGCCUGAGCCCGGUGUUGAGCGACCGGGCGGGCUUCCCGCUCUUCUUUCGUACCGUGGCUCCGGACUCGUCGCACAACCCGGCUCGUGUGGCAUUGCUGCGCCGCUUCCGCUGGGAUGCUGUGGCCACCUUGCACGAAGACGACGAGCUCUACGCCUUGGCCAUCAACGAGCUGCUGACUCAGCUGGAGAGCGCCAACAUCGCCGUCUCAUCCUCGGAAAGCGUCACACGAAACGAUUUCCUCGAGCAAAUACAGGAGCUGAAGAACACCGACAGCCGCAUCAUAAUUGGCAGCUUCUCCAGGCACAUGGCGCGCAAAAUAUUCUGCGAGGUGUACAAACAGGGCAUGUACGGCUCCGACUUCCAGUGGAUCGUGCAGGGGGGUCUCGGCGAGUGGUGGCUCGACCCGUCGGGCACGGACUGCUCGGCCGCGCAGCUUCGCGCCGCUGCCGACAACGUCAUCACGGUGGCCGCUUACACGGGGCGCCUGCCCAGCCGCGCAAGCGUCUCCGGCCUGCAAAUGGACGCCUUCCGGCGGGAAUUGGACGCUGAACUGGAGUCCGAGCUGCGGUCGGGCCUGGAGCCAGCGCUUCCGGCCAGAGCCGCCGGCUACCGAGGCCACGUAGCGCAAGCCUACGACGCCGUGUGGACCGCUGCGCUGGCGCUGCGGUCAGCCGAGCUGCUCUGGAGAAAGGCCGGCUUGAAUCUAACCGUGACGGACUUCCGCUACGAGAAGCUUCUGCCGGAGACCGGCGGAGGCGACAGCUACGGCUGGAACGUGACCGCUGAGCCGCUGCCUCCGCCGCAGGAGCGCCGCAUGGCCAACUACUUCGACCGAAUCAUUUCGCGGCUGCAUUUCAACGGCAUCUCGGGCCCCCUCUCGUUCUACGGCAGCGAUCGCGUCGGCAUCACCGAGUUCCAGCAGAACCAAGGCGGGUUCCUACGCAAGGUGGCCUUGUACAUACCUGACUCCAAGACACUAGACUUCUCCUGUAUAAGGUGCCGCCCCAUCAUCUGGCAAGACGGCGAGCCCCCCGUGGCGCGGCGCACCGUCAAGCUGAGCGUGGCGACCAUCCAGCGCAGCGUAUUCAUCUCCGUAUCGGUGCUGGCCACCUUCGGCAUGCUGCUGGCCAUCGCCUUCCUUGUGUUCAACCUCUACUACCGCAAGAGCAAGUACAUAAAGCUGUCCAGUCCCAAGCUGAACAACAUGACGGUGGUGGGCUGCUUGCUUGUCUACGUAGCAAUCGUUGUCCUUGGCCUAGACUACGGUACGCUGGGAAGUGACACGCAUUUCGCCGUCUUCUGUACCGUUCGGGCCUUCCUGCUGUCGGGUGGCUUCUCCCUGGCUUUCGGUGCGAUCUUCAUCAAGACAUACCGGGUACAUCACUUGUUCGUGCGCGCCUCCAGCGGCGUCAUCAAGAACAAGCUCCUCCAGGACCAGCAGCUGAUUGCACUCGUCUGCGUUCUGGUACUUAUCGACUGUGCGAUUGUCACCCUCUGGGUGACCUGCGAUCCCAUGGAAAGGACAAUGAGAAAUCUCACCAUGCAGAUUUCCAAGUGGGAGCGGGACGUGGUGUACCUGCCGCAGCGCGAGCAAUGUCACUCGGAGCACAUGGCCAAGUGGCUGGGUGCCCUGUACAUCUACAAGGGCCUGCUGCUCGUCGUCGGCUGCUACAUGGCCUGGGAGACACGCAACGUCCAGAUCCCGGCGCUCAACGAUUCGCAGUACAUCGGCAUGAGCGUCUACAACGCCGUCAUCACCUCGGCACUCGUGGUGGCGCUGGCCAACGUCAUCUCGACGGAGCGCUACACGCUCACCUACGCGCUCGUCGGCACGCUCAUAUUCGUCUCCACGACCACCACGCUGUGCCUGCUCUUUCUGCCCAAGAUCCACGCCAUCAUGAACAAUGCCGAUGCGGACGCCGUGGUGGCGUCUUCGGGCGUGCGGGUCGAGUUCAAUACCCGACGCUUCGCCAUCGACGAGCGCCGUGAGCUCUACUACCGCACCGAGGUCCAGAGCCGCGCCUACGCGCGCGAAGUCGCGCAGCUGGAUGCCGAGAUAGCGCGGCUGAAGAGGCUACUGGGAGAGCCACUCUCCGCUGAAGCGUCAUCUGAAAACAACUCUGUCAAGUCCGAGAGCCCAUUGUCGUCGCUGCUGGAGAGGUUCAAGCGCAAGCGAGCAUCCCUGGAGAACAGCGAGGCUGGUGUCGCGGUCAUCACGCGCCUCGGCGCACCAUUUCCGGUGCGCUCUCCGGCCCGCGUGCACGACUUGCACUGGCGGCUCGACGAGGGGACCCGGAUGCUGCAGCUGCGGGCCGAGGACCUGCUGCUCCCUCCACGACACUCAUUCCAGGAUGCGCCGGGCUGCAGGUGCUGCAGGUCCAAUGAUGGCCUCCAGCAGUCCAGAGGCAGCCUGCCGAUCAUCGCAGUCGCAUCCAACGACGAGACAAUCAACGGCCAGGGCAGCAGCGACCUGCAGACACCCACCGUUCCUCACGCCGGCUCUUUUCCCACAUUGCCGCACCGGUCACGUUCACAGGCGAGCUCCAGCCAUGGAGAAUGCGGAGGUAGCAGAGAAGAGUCUAUCUACCAGUCAGUUGAACUGGCGCCAUGCAGUGGUGGCAGCAUGACGACAACUGCAAACACGACGACCACAGACGAGUACCGAACGUUGUCGUCCGACGAGUACCGGACUUUGUCGUCCGACGACGACACGACGUACGCCAGCUGUCGCAGUCCCGCAUUCAUCGCGAUACUCAACCAGGGUGUAUCGUCCUGCCAAACUUCGCCAUCUCAGUACAGGCACGUAGUCCCCCCACUCGAACUUGCCGUACUGGAGGAAGCCAACAACGACGAAGGUGUCGCUGAGUCGUCGGCGUCGACGACACCCGUGACUCGCAAACCGGCACCAUUGGCUGAUGAGGACAGCUUCCAGACUCAGCGCGAGCUCUUCCUCAAGCGCCUGGAAGAGGCCGAGUCGGUGGACGUCUGACAGAUGGGAUACAUUAAGUGUAGCUAAAAGAUGUGUUGUUCACCGAGACAACAGAAAAUUCUCGCGCGAUGCUCUUUGACUGAAAGUGUACAAACAUGAGCGCGUAUGUAGGCAAAAGCCAGAGCCUCAAUAUCAGCACCACGGCUCAACGCGCAAUGCCACAGAUGCCUGCGGUACACGGCCGGUCCAGGAGCACAACUGCAACGCUGCCAGUGCCACUCAGAGCCGCAGCACUGUAUGUGCCCAGGUGCACCAUCGUCGUGUGUACAUGCGGGUGUGACAGGGAGCCACUCGUAGAGUGCCACACAAUGUUCUUCACAGAAUGUCAUUUCAUUUCUCAGCCCAUCUGGGCAGGGGCCGUUGUGUUUGUGUGCCGUAUGGGGUACCAAAAGGGAAGUCGCAAAAGUGGUCACAUUGGGUUGCGUGCCGGGCAUCUGCUGUGACAGUCAUUCAGACCGAAGUAUGGAAGGCAACCUCCUCUCUUCUAGGUUACUGGCACUCGACAAAUCUCACUUGCGGCGCAACAAGGUGGUAGUUUGUAGAGUUACUGUAUAUGCUCCCAGUAAUUUGGGUGUGUUGGUACAGCAUUUCGAAUGUACGUCAGUGCGAAAAAGAAAGCGACAAGACACACAUGCUGCUCUUCCAACUGAUCUUUAAAGAACUUGUGAGCACAAUUUAUACAGAUAUGCAUGAAAAGCUUUAAACAAGAAAAAAUGAAGUGGCGCUUUGAUUUCACUUGGCAUCAAAGGCAAAAACAAAAAAACAGAGAAAUAACAAGAUUGCCGGAUUCCAUUUGCACAAACGAACAAAUCAAUGAAACUACUAGUUGAUAUAACAAACCAAAAGAUUGCAACUGUGCAACAUUGUGUUGUCUGUUUCUUUUGGUUUUUCACACUGUACUAGUAGUUUGGUUGAUUUGUUCAUUUGUGUGCAUGGGACCUGGCAAUCUCGUGCUAGCCUCUUGAUUUCUCUGUUCUUAGGUGUUGGUCUUGAUUCCAAGCAAAAUCUAAUACCGGUGUCACACGUACACUUCUGGUCGCGAUCAGGGCCAAUCCGGAUUGGAUUUCUUUAUUGCAAUCAACAAUGGUCGCUGCUACAUGGUCUAAUGAUCCGGAUCAAGUUAUCGUCUGCUGAUCGUCAGCAGCUCUCGGAGCUGCAUAACCAGUUAGCUAAAAAUUCAGAUUUGCAAAAUAUGAUUAAGUUUGGACAGUAUUUCAGUUUUACAGCUUAUUGUUGCUGGUAAAAGAUCUUUUAUUCAUUUUCACUUCUUGUUUUUAGCAUUUUCAGAAUACUGCGCUGGAGGGUGCAGACGUCAGCCUGCGAUCGCGAUCAAGGUGCCCGAUCGCGAUCGCCCGCAUCCUGAUCUUGCAGGAUCGCAAUCACAAAUGAACGUGUUGCAACACCUGAUCUGGAUCAAGCUCGAUCCGGGUCAGCCCCAAUCAUGAACAGAAGUGUGCAUACGACACCAGUAUAAGUGUCAGAACUUUUUCUGGUUUAUUUCAUUUUAGCUAAUUUUUUUACAAAUUGCCCGCACACGUGCAUUAAAAUCAGCUGGAAGAAUAGCACGGGUUUCGACUUUUUCUGUUUUGCACUGACAUACAUUCAAAAUUGAGACGCAAAUUGUCCAUUAGCUCCCAUUCUCAAUGAUGAGGAAACUGACUUUGCUAUCUGCGGAGGGGCUUGUCCCCUUGCACAGCACAUGGUGGCAGAGUGAGCCUUUUGGGAUGGCAGCCAGUGCAAGACUUUUUCAUGCGUUUGUCUGUUGGAGUAGUGAACAGUUCGCUUGAUGUGUGUAAAGUAACGUGUUACUUUCUUUUUCUAACCAAUAGACUGCUUUGUACACUGCAAUUAAAACGCAUCACCAAAAAAGAAAAGGAGAGGGAAUAAAAUCAAGACUUGCGCCAAUAUGUACGGCAUACAGCACAGUGUAACAAUAUGGUAGGUGUCUUAAGGCCAUUGUAAUGUGCACCUGCAGAGGGAUGAGAGACAGCCACGGUACAUCAGAGCAAUGUUAGGGAACUUUUCUCACACACUUCAACAAGAAUUAGUCAUAUCAGCUGUAUUGAUAUCGUGAUCCCAAUCAAUCACUCGCACCUCUGUGUCAGAGUUAUUUAUGAAACGAGUUCCUCCUUAACGUGUGUUAGGUUUCCUCACAAAUAUUCACCUCGAUACGAAAUUUCACAACGAAGUGAGCAUCAUUUUGCAUGUAUGUGUGCAUGAAUGUGUCUGAGCGAGAGUCAUGCCCAUCCAGACGACCCACGCGAGGAUGAGGACACGCCGAAGUAACCAUUAUCCCGGUGUUGAAUACUCGUACUCAUUUUAGCUUGUUUAUUCUGUUUUCUACCAUGCUGGCAAUUAUAAUACUCCCUCCAAAGAUGUGCAAGUAAUUAUCACUCUACAGGGUUUGUCCGUAAAGUAAUGAAACCGGGUCUGGUAAAAAGAAUUUAUUAAUCCAAUCGAUACAUAUUAUUAAAAUUCUUCAAAAUAGUCUCCUUGGGCAUAGAUACACCGCUGCAAACACAAUUUCCAGACUGGAAAGGCUCCCUGGAAGUCAGCUGCCAUAAUCUCUUUCAGAGACUGUGACAGCCGUUCAAUGGCGGGAACAUCGUCGAAAUGGUGACCUUUCUGGCUUCUCUUGAGCUUUCGGAACAGGAAAGUCUGCCACGCUCACAUCGAGGCUCACAUCGAGGCUGUACGAUGGCUGCAGCAAGGUUGCAACCCCUAUCUGGGCCAGGUAGGCAGUCAAAACGAAGGUGGUGUGAGCUGGAGUGUUGUCGUGGUGGAGCUUCCAGCAAUCGGUAAUCUGCAGUCGUUUCUGUUUGACAGCUCUGUGAAGGCGCUCAAGGACUUCUUUGUAGAACACUGCAUUGAUGCUUUAUCCCAGAGGUACAAAUUCUUUGUUGACCACCCCACGUCGUCAAAAAAAGACCAUGAACAUUGUUUUUAUUUUGGAUAUCGACAUUCUUGCUUUCUUGGGGCGCAGGGAGUUCGCGGUGUGCCACUCUGAACUUUGGCGCUUGGUAUCGGGGUCGUACUAGAGCACCCAUGAUUUGUCACCUGUUAUUAUGCCGUAUGGAAAGCCCCAUUCACUUUCUAACUGCACCAACAACUCAUGGGAAAUUUCAACUCGUCGUUCUUGUACAUCACUCAACACUUUUCGCACCAAUUUCGAACAAACCUUCCGCAUGUUCAAAUUUUCAGAAAUAAUGUUGCGAACCGUUGUUUUGCACAUGUUGAGGUCUUUGGCGAUUAAUCUGAUACUCAAACAAUAGUCGGAGUCCAGAUUUUUUACUUUGGCCACUUUUUCGUCCAAACCACUCUUGUCUUCCAUGGUCUCCAGUCCGUUCUUGAACUCGCUGAACCACCAGAAAACCUGGGUCCUUGACAGGACGUCCUUAACCUCCUUAACCAAGGCAAGCAUCUUGGAAGUGGUUUUGCCCAGGUGACAGCAAAUUUAAUUGCGCACCCCUGCUCCAGCAACCGAUUCAUUUUUGACGUUUUCUGCUGUGAAAAAAACUUGAAACAGCUUUUGAGCGACUUCAGAUCCUGACUGCAUAAGAGUUUGGACGUGACUGCCACCCGGUGCAUUACUUAGCUUAGAACCCCCACCACAAAUCCCACCUCAGGGGGGGCGGGGGGCGCUACUGGCGACUGCAGUGCCGCGCGGCAGGCAGUCUCAUUACUUUACGGGCAAACGCUGUAUAAAGAUACGACACUUUCUGACAAAAUUUGAAAAAAUUAUGACCAUAAUCAAGAGGAGACAGCCUCAUCUUAUUUUAGUGUGUUGUUUGAGAAAAGUAACCGAAUGUCACCCCCUCUCCUUAUCCAAGCCUUUAGUCAUUCCUAGCACUCUAGUGACAGCACUACAAUGCCUCUGGAAUAUCAAAAGUCCCAUAAGCUCGAAGCCUUGACAUCAUGUAGAAGGUUUACGUUUACACUGAAAACGUGCAAAGCACACAUAGGAGAAAACAGUGAGCUGAUAGGCUUCACUGCUAAUUUGCCAAGUGGCUCAGAGUUCUCAGUUGAGUUGUGGUUCUCCAACGGCAAGGAUGGCAUCCUAAGUGGCUCAGAGUUCUCAGUUGAGUUGUGGUUCUCCAACGGCAAGGAUGGCAUCCUGCCCAAUGGGAAGUCAUCAUAUCCCACUUUCGCUCCUUUUCACACCUUGUGCAUACACAGAGUGAGUAACUCAGCUGCACUCUCUAUCAAUUCGAUUUCUCCGCCUUUAUUCAUUUGCUGCAUGCUCUGCCACUUGUUACAUUUUAAGAAAUCUUGGUAGUAUUGCCCAUUCCUUUUACAUUAACACCCAAGGCACAGGAUGGUGGGAAUUUUAAACGGCAAUAAGGAAGACGAAAGCACCUUUAGAACGGUUUUCACACCUUCUGCAGGGUGCAUGUUUCAUAUCUGGAUUAAACUCUUGUUUGAUGGCUUCCAUAAGUUUUGAACAUUGUUACUAACCGCUCCCUAUAAUAUAUAUAUACUACCUGCACUUUAACCUCUUGGAAACUUGAAGAAUUGCACUUACACUUAAAGAUCAGGCUCUGCUAUGUCCCUGAUAAAAUUAGUCCAACUUCGCUUACAUCUAACCUGUUAAUGUUUCGCAGAGUGAUUGACGUUCACCUCAGUCCUCUUCCAUCAACAGAUAGGGUUGCACUUUGAAUAUUCAAUGCGGCCAAUGCAUGUUCAUUAGGAAAUUCUCAAUUAACUAGCAGGACUUUCACAGGGGAAAGCUUAUAACAGGGUCAAAUAUAGAUUUCCAGAUUAGCAAGCUGUGCUCUUCCGGACUACAGCCUAUAUUGUAUGCUGGCUUCACGCAUUCUGUUCCUGAAGAGAAUUCUUUUGUUUCCAGCAUCGGGUUACCCCUUGAACACAUAUGAACAGAUUACAGGCUGGUAUGUCACACGGAUUAGUUCUUUCUCUGCUCUUGUUCAAGAUUUUUUCUGCCCCUGCUCAGUCAGGGCUAGUCAAGGUGUUCAACUGUAUCUCCAUGUUGAUGACACCGACUUUCUCUCCUCAAAGCAGGACCUUGUGAUGUUAACAAUAAUACGUCUGAGCUUGAGUGAUAGCAUUACGGGUAUUUUCCUCCUGAUGUUAGUCAGUUCAGUUCUUAUAUUCAUCUAUCAGCAGGAGUUGAUUCCUCAAUUACAUCACUGAAGUAUUUUAGCAUAUUUUAUGCCAGUAUUCUAUACAGCUACCGUAGAUCAAAACUCUUAAAGAGGAGAAAUUAAAUGGGAUUGUUGCGCCGGUUCAGUCAUAAAAAUACUGUAUGCAGAGCUGCGUUGUUGACGAUUUAUAAACUUCAUGUUCACCCCUUUCCCGAAUUCGGCUAUGGCUUUUUCUUUUUUCCAGGAUGUGCCCAGCUUAUAAGCUACGCCCACUAUUACUAUUACUAUUUCACACCAAUUAGGAUCCUCAGAUGUAUUGCCCGACCAUCUCAGGUUUUCAGGUAAAAACCAUGGCUACUUACUAGCACAGUCAUUUCCCAGCAUAUUUCUACUGAAAGAAAGAUAUAUUCUUGUCAUGUGAUGUGCUUUAAAUUUUGCUCAAGUAUGUAAAACAUGAUUCCGGGAGAAAAGUAUUAUAAACUAUAUCUUUGUGUGUAACGUUGCACAAUUCAAGUAUGUGAAGCAUGACUCUGCAAGAAAAUUAUUAUAAACUAUAUCUUUGUGUGAACGUUGCACAACCUUGCCUGCUGAACCUACAUAGGCUCAUUUUCAGCAUACAGUGGCAUUUAUUUUCAACUUCGGGAGGGAAAAAAAUUUUUGAAGCCCCAAAUAUAGACUAAAAUCUGCUAAAUUGACAAUUCUUUUACUGGCAGAACAAGUACUAAUUUGUUAAUUGUAAUUAUUUUGUUUGACUGUCCAAGCUGCAGUGAAAUUAUUUUUUGCCAAUACAUUGUAUGGAUGUUUUGAAAAAAUAAGACAAACAUACAAAUUGCAAAAUGACAGCUUUGGUUCACUUUCAUCUCUGAUUUUCGCACCGAAGUGGUCCACGUGAAAAUAUUACACACAGUCCAUUAGACAGGCCUGUUUGUCUAUUUUUCUCAUUAUGUCAUUUUGGUUUUGUUUUAAGGAAGGUAUGAACAUUUGAUUUUGUGCCUGCACCACGUUCGGCCUAGUUCUGUAGUACCACUUCACCGCACACCGCAAUGGCUGUCAUGUUUCAGGCGUUGCUGCGCGCAGCUUGGGACUGGAACCUGAGGGCUCGACAUUUAUACAGUCCCAAAAUAAAUAUUUUAAUUGC